CCCCGGUUCCUGGCUCUCUCGUUGCCCCUCCACCCUCUCUUCUCCCCCUUCGUGGUUUAUUAAUUCGCAUUUCCUCACCCGGGCGCGGGAGAAUCCUACAUAUCUAGACCGACUUUCGUUUUCCCUCAACCCCUCCUAACCCAGCCUUGCCCCGCCUUCCGUCGUCAACAACAAUCCGCCAUGUCGCGACAUCGCGUGAAAGCCUUGAGCUACGAUGAGGAUGACUUCGAAGACGAUGGCUACGACUCGCCGGAUCCCGAGGAACAGGAGUUCCUGGAACAGUGCACAGCCGAGGUUCUCCAGCAGUUGCGGUCGGGGGAACCCUCCGUGACGGCGACUCGCGAGGAGGUCCAGGAAUCGCUGUGGCAUUAUUACAACGACAUUGAAAAGUCGGUGAAUUAUUUGAGAAGUAAGAAGGCGAAGGAAGUGAAGAAGAAGCCUGCGCCUGCGCCGACCCCCAAGGCGAAAGGAACUACGGGCCCAAGCCCCGACGACGUUGUGCUGAAUGCACAGAGCUCUGCGAAAGGCAUGAAGUCGAAACAACCUGCUUCUAAAUCAACAGGCGACAAGAAACCCCAAGGUGACCUGGCUAGUGGCAUGAGCAAUUUGGCCGUCGAAGAGAAGGUGAACAUCAAGAGCAAGAACUUGGACGUCUUGUCUGAAUACAGGAAUUCCAAGCGAAAGAAGGCCAUGAACUUCGCGGUCAUUGGUCAUGUUGAUGCCGGGAAAAGCACUCUGAUGGGGCGUCUGCUCGCCGACUUGAAAGCUAUCGACCAACGUACUCUAGACAAAUACCGACGUGAAGCGGAGAAGAUUGGGAAAGGAUCGUUUGCUCUCGCAUGGGUGCUGGAUCAGGGCACCGAAGAAAGAGCCAGGGGUGUCACUAUUGACAUUGCCACUAAUAAAUUCGAGACCGAGAAGACUGUGUUCACGAUAGUGGAUGCUCCUGGACACCGAGAUUUCGUACCCAACAUGAUUGCUGGAGCUAGCCAGGCGGAUUUCGCCGUUCUCGUCAUCGAUUCCAGUAUUGGGAAUUUCGAGUCGGGGCUGAAAGGCCAGACUAAGGAACACGCCUUGCUGGUGCGCAGUAUGGGCGUCCAGAGGAUCAUCAUCGCAGUGAACAAGAUGGACUCUGUGCAGUGGGACAAGGAACGAUUCGAAGAGAUUGAGCAGCAAGUUUCUUCGUUCCUGACUACUGCUGGGUUCCAAGCCAAGAGCAUCUCGUUUGUUCCUUGCUCUGGCAUCAGCGGCGACAAUGUCACCCGACGCAGCGAGGACCCCAACGUUUCGUGGUAUCAGGGCCGGACUUUGGUCGAUGAGCUGGAAACCACCGAGCCGAAUUCUCAUGCGCUGGAGAAGCCGUUGCGCAUGACCAUCGGCGACGUCUUCCGCGGCAGUGUGCAAAAUCCUCUUUCGAUUUCCGGCCGCUUGGAUGCUGGCAGUCUGCAAAUGGGCGACCAAAUCCUUACGAUGCCCAGCGGGGAGAAGGCGACGAUCCGCAGCCUGGAGGUGGAUGGCGAGCCCAGCGAUUGGGCUGUGGCCGGUCAGAACGUGGUCUUGAACCUUGUCAACAUCGACCCGAUUCACCUCCGUUCUGGCGACGUUAUCUGCCGGCCAUCUUCUCCGAUCUCUAACAUCACCACCUUCACCACCAAAGUGCUAGCUUUUGAUCACUUGAUGCCUAGCAUGGUCGAUAUCCACCGCGGACGUCUCCAUGUCCCGGGACGGAUCAGCAAGCUGGUGGCCACUCUAGACAAAGGGUCGGGUGCGGUGGUCAAGAAGAGACCCAAGGUCAUUGCACCGGGCACAGUGGCUCGCAUCGAGGUGGAAAUGGACCGCGCCGUGCCGUUAGAGGCGCCUACAAGGAUCGUUCUGCGGGCUGGAGGAGACACUGUGGCGGCGGGAUUAUUGGAAUGAUUAUGACAUGACAUCUCAUAUUACGAUGGUCUUUAGAAAUGGGUACAUGUACUCGUCAGAAUACACUAGUCACGAGAUAGAACUGCUUGUCUAUGAAUAUCUCAUCACGGUCAUGAUGUGC